CCUUGCGAGCAUUCGUGCGCAAGCGCCGAGCCAGCAACACGCGAUCCGCGUUCGAAAUAUUUCGAAAAUGUCAUCGAACGCGCGAUUUCAAAUCCGUCAAUAGCCAGUGUCAAUUGGUUUAUUUUAUUCCUCUAGUUUACUUUUUUGUGUUAAUUUUAGAAAGUUUUGGACUAUGUCUUUUUGAGACAAUAAGUGUUUAGCGCGCGUGCGCGUUUCAGUUUGCGUUUUCAGUUAGUACUGCACUGUAAAUUCGGCGACUUUUGUUGGUAACGAAAGUGACUGUGACAUUUGAAAACGAUAGUUUUGGUAAUUGAAGCCCCACGAUUAUUGGUCGUCUAGUGAAAAAUUUAUUGACUCAAGAAAAAAAUUGAGAAUACUCUGUGAAGUGUCCGUGGGAUUUUUGUUGCGGUUUUUUGUGCUGAUUUAUCACCAAAGAAUUUAAGAUGAACCAAAAGUGCAAAGUAUGCGGGGAACCGGCGGCGGGGUUCCACUUCGGAGCGUUCACGUGCGAAGGAUGCAAGUCGUUCUUCGGGCGUUCGUACAACAAUUUGAACUCUAUCACCGAGUGCAAGAACAACGGAGAAUGCGUCAUCAACAAGAAGAACCGCACCGCCUGCAAAGCCUGUCGCCUGCGCAAGUGCCUCAUGGUGGGCAUGUCCAAGUCCGGCUCCAGGUACGGAAGACGCUCCAACUGGUUCAAGAUCCACUGCCUGCUCCAGGAGCAACAGCAAGCGGCCCAAUCACGGUCCCCCCCAAGAUCGCACCCUCAAUCACAACACCCCCUCGCUCCACCCUUUCCACCACACCUCUUCCCCGGAUUGGCUAGACCACGAACGAAAGAAGAACUAGCACUAUUAGGCCUGGACGAGUACAAACCAUCUGGAAGCCCAGACUCGCACCGCAGUGGUUCGUCCCCGAAGUUAGACGAGAAGAGAAUGCAGUCGCGGCCCCCAGACAGACCGCUAACACCACCAAGAGACACCUUCGUUCCGUUGCCAUUAGCCAACAUUUCCUUGCCUCAUUUCCCCCAUUCGCCGUUCUUACCGCCCCCACCAUUCAGCCCGUUCGCUGCCAAUCAUCCCCUGUUGUUCCCUCCAGGCUUCCAUCCAAUCUACUCCAGACAUCUCCUGGACCACGCAGCGUUGCGACAAGCAGCUGAGAACAACAAUGACGUCAGAAUCGACGACCAUAAUGCUGAUUCGUCAAAACGAUUCUUCCUCGAUGAGAUUUUAAAGCAACAGCGAUCCUCGCAACCGACGCCGCAAGAGGACGUCAUUUCUGAAGCGGAAUUCGUUCCCACUCCACCAGCUGAGAGGAGAACUUCAGAAUCUCCUUUGCAAGAGAACCCCAUGGACUUAUCAGUGAAGUCUGAUGGUCGGUCGAGCUCAGCGCGGCGAAGAUCCGACGACAGUGAAGUGAUAGCCCCCGACAAUGAGGACGGGGAGUCAGCCAGCAACCCAGGAUCUGCCAGUGAAGAGGAGGACGUCUCGUACUCUCAAAUCAAGAGGAUCAAGCUCCAUCCUCUCGACCUCACGACCAAAGUCUGACGUCACCUCAGACGUACCCUAGUGCCGUUUUUUAAAAAGAACGUUAUUUUUGCAAUCAGUGAAUUUAUUAAGGCCAGUAAAUCGGAUUGUGAUCUUAAAAUAAGUAGGACAAUGGAACAUUCCGGAAUUGUUGUGUGAAUUGUUAUCGAUUGAAUUUAAAGAGUCUAUCCAAAUACGUAUGCUUAAGUAGUGUUUAGAUAAUUAAAAUGUUAUUGGUAAACCCCGGUUGAUGGUUGUACAAAUUCUUUGUAAAUAAAUAAAUUAUUUCGUAUACUAAGUUAGAGUAAAUGUUAGUUAGUGGAUUUUUGAAAGUGGAGACAACCGGGAGUUGCAGCGUUCCAUUACGACAAAUACCUAGAUUUUUUUUGUAUAAUUUGAUUAUAAUUUAUUUCCAUUUUAGUAGAAUUUUGAUUGACGUGUUGUUGUGUGUUAAAUUCGGGUGCAUACAAGCGUAUUGCUUUGUUUUAUAUACUUUUAAUAGUCUUCAUAAUAUCUUUCUACUUAAGUUUAUUGUUAACCGUCCUGUACCUUAGUCCAAACAUUCCAUUCUACGUACUUAAAGGAAGAAUAUACUCAAAUACAUACGGCAUUCCUAUGCAUUUGCUCAAAGUGUUUAUGUAUUUUAUGUAUUAUUUUCUUUACUCAAUGUAGUGAAAUUAGUCACAAAUCUAUAUACUCAAUGUUUAAAUGAGAUGAAGACAAUAAUGUAAAUAAUUAAUGUAUACUUAGCUAGUGAGACUCACGCGCUGUUUGGGUCAACAAUUCAAUAUGGAUGUAAAAUGUAUGAUGUUUGACUGCGCAGGAGCCUCGCGAGCGAAUCGUAGGUAGCGUGUUAAACAAAAUAAAUGUUUGUAAAGAAUGCAAUCUACGGAGACGUACAAAAUAAAAUAUUCAUGCACUCGAA